GUUUGCUUCAGGAACGAAAUUAAGAAAAAAGACAGAAAAAUCAUAAACAAUGGCGACACUGGAAACAAUUGCAGCUGCCAUUAAACAAAUACCCUCUAAAAAAGAAGAUCUUAAAAAGGCCUUCGAUGAACUCCAAUCACACUCCUUUCUUCUGUCUUCUUUCUCCCUCUCCUGGUCCAAUUUAGAUGCCCACUUCACCCAAAUAGAGAACUCCAUUACUCAACGAUUCCGUCUUCUCGAAUCGCUCGAGUCUACUCAGUCUCAGCCGGUUCAGCAACCCCAAUUAGAUUUACCGUCUCUGUCUCCGUCAUUGGCGCCAGAGACGGACCCGGAAGAAGACCCAGAAGAGGAUCCUGAGGAGGACACGGAGGAAGACCCAGACGGAGGCCCGUCUCCAUCUGAUCCGGUAGCGGAACCGGCUCAGCGCGAGUUAAAUUUAUCCACUGUAAAAGACCCAUCUUCGUCUAACCCACCGAGUGUAGUCCCAGUGGAGUCAGUAUUAACAACCCAUUGUGACGCUCAACCGUACCAGCCAUCGUCUUCGAACCCCCCGAGUCAAGACCGAGUUGACUUGGAUGUGGCUCUACCCGAGUUGAGAACGCUAUGUGAGAAAAUGGACGGUAAAGGGUUAAGAAAAUACAUAAACGAGAGUCGAAAUGUCCGGGAAAAAGUUCGGGUUGAGCUCCCAAGUGCAAUCCGGGUAUCUCCGGAUCCUGGUUUGAUGGUUUUGGAUGCAAUGGAGGGGUUUUAUGGAGUUGAUAACGAGUUGAAAAGUGACAAUGACCCAGAAUUGUGGGGGACAAGGAGGGCUUGUUUGUUGUUAUUGGAGGUUUUCUUAGGAAUUAAUGCAAAUAUUGGUGAAGAAGUGAGGGAUAGAGCAAAAAGUUUGGCUUUUGAUUGGAGAAAGAAGUUGAAUUUGCAUGGAGAAAAUGGUUUAGAGUUGUUGGGGUUCUUGCAUUUGGUGGCUGCAUAUGGGUUGGGAAGUGAGUUUGAGAAGAAUUUUCUUGUGGACUUAUGUGUGCCUGCUGCAAAGUACCGGCAAGGUAUUGUGUUGAGCAAGGCAAUUGAUUUAGGAGAUAAUGUUCAAGAUCUCAUUCAGAAACUUAUGGUCAAUGGAAAGCAAAUUCUGGCUCUGAAAUAUAUUUUUGAGUUUGAGCUGACUGAAAAAUACCCACCUGUCCCACUCCUGAAAGCCUAUCUGAGCGAGUCCCAGAGGCUUGCAAAGCAACUUCGCGAGGAUGGAAGAAACUCCCUUAGAUCACAGAAUGAGGCCACAGCCAAAGAAGUUGGUGCCCUGAAAGCAGUGAUCAAAGUAGUUGAAGAUUACAAACUUGAAUCUGAGUACCCCAAAGACAUACUUCAGAACCGUGUAGAGGUGCUAGAGAAGCUGAAGGCAGACAGAAAACGCCCUGCUCCUGCUCCCAAGCCUCAGCAGCAGCCUAAGAAGCUACACUGGCAACCAAGGAAGCCACAAAAGAUUGGAAACAAGCGUCCUCGAAAAACUGGAUCCAUUGGCCACACAGCACCAACUGUUGUUGCAGCCAAUCUAAGUGUUCCCCUAUUCCCACAACCCCAUUUGCAGCCAGCAGGUUUAUUACCUGAGAAUUCUGCUCCAUAUUUGGGCACACCAGCUGGGCCUUACGGCUUGGUGGGCUCCACUCCUGUAGUUGCCCCUUAUGCAGGUUCAGCCAGCAGGUCGUAUGCUUUGACAGGAGCCCAGUUGUGAAACCUGUUAGUAUGAAUGGAACACGCUUCACAGGUAAUCUUCAAGGUAUCUGCUUGAUUCAGUGUUUGUUUUGCUUCUAUAUAUAGAGCAGGAGGAUUUCAUCCUUUUUCUUUUUAGUCUUUCUUCAUGGUAUAUAUCGAUGUCAUCUGGAAUAUUCGUGCGGUUUUGAAACUUGUUAGCAUGAAUGGAACACACUUUGCAGGUAAUCUUAACAUUUACAUUUCUAUGGCUUCUGUUAACAAGAUUGUCAGAAUAGCAGCAUAUUUUGUUAUUGUUCAUCAUUUACCUUGAUCCUGGUUUCAUGAUGCAAAUCCAUGUUGUUCAUCUUCACUCUUUUUCAGAUAGAGAUCAGACAUAUAUCUAUUUUACUAUCUUGUCUGAUGCCUUAUUGUCCCUUUCUUUGUCUCACACAAGCAUGUGCAUUUGUCACGAAUCUUAGGUUGCUGAUGGUGACAACAGAAUUUUGCUAGGGGAUAUAGUUUAUAGAAGGGCAGAAAUUUAGCGUGUACUGUUUGUGCUGAGCAGGCUGUUUUCUGGUGAAAGAAAAACACCCCAGGUAGAGGAUUUGUUCUGAAGCAGCCUGAACUAACAAUAGAAUGACAAAACAACUGUGUUCACUGUUUUUGUUCAGCACAGUACGUCUUUCCUUGUCUAGCCAUAUCUAAGGAAAAAAUUGACAAAGCUUUCUGAAAGAAAAUGCUGGUAGAAUUGAAUUUUUGUCAACUUUGUCCAAGGACCAUAUAUAAAGAAUCGCCAUCGUGGUUCAAGAGGACAACUGUUUUGCUUAAACUUCUAGUUGUUUGUUUGAGAUUGUCAUCCGUUUAUCUAAAAUAUCUUUCUCUACACUGGUAUUGCUAUUUGGGAAAAUUGUUAGUUUUCAUACCAAAUAUAUAUAGGGGUGACGGUGUGAUCAUCUCAACUUCAGGGGUGACAUUGUUUCAAACUCUUGUCUCUCAAAUUGGGUGAGUGUCUAGUUGAAACAAGGAGGAGCAACUAAUGUAUGAAGAUUUGAAGGCAUAAUUAAGAAGAAACAUUUUGAGCUAUCUAAGCUUCCAGAAUGUCCUUGUUUCAGCCUUUGGUUGUCUAGAAGAGGAAAGCAUAAGGGACAUUCAAGUCGUUGGAGGGUGGAUUGUCAUUCUAUAAAGUUUUAUUCAAGUUGAACAUGGAUAUCUUAGUAAUGAAAUUGAUCCCUCAAUUGUGGAUUAACAUGACACUUAAUAUCCAAUUCUGUAAUUUUAUUUUAAAGAAUUGUUAUCGAUUUUACAGUUGUUAUA